UCCCGUUCAAGGCCUCUCGCGAAUUUUCUAAAUUAGUUCCUUGGCAAUUACUUUUAGAACUGAAGCAAACAAGAGAAAGGCUUAAACUUUGCAACAAUGGAAGCUUAUGAGAACGAAUCGAAGAAAGGGUUCUGGAAUGCGGAGGAAGACUCAGUUCUAACUAAUUACGUGAAAAAGCAUGGAACUGGGAAGUGGAACAGGAUUCCUAAAGUGACAGGGUUGAAGAGAAGCGGGAAAAGUUGCAGACUGAGAUGGAUGAAUUAUCUAACUCCCGAUGUUAAGCGUGGAGAAUUCUCAGAAGAAGAAGAAGACCUUGUUGUUCGGCUUCACAGUCUCCUUGGAAAUAGGUGGUCUUUGAUUGCGGGGAGGAUUCCGGGGAGAACAGACAACCAGGUGAAGAACUUUUGGAACACUCAUUUAAGCAAGAAGCUUGGUGUUGUUGAUAAGAAGAAGAAAAAGAGAAAAGCAUCAUCAAAGGAGAGGAGUGGCGAAGGUGAUGGUGAGAAGCUUUGGAGUGAUGAUCUGAUGGAGUUGGGAAACAUGCAUGAGGAGAUUAUCAGAGAUGAUUUUGGAUGUAGCUUUUCUUUUCCUAAUAUUAGUGUCUUCGAUCUCUGCACUUCUCCUUACUGCACUCAAUCUUUUCACCACUCUUUCUUUGCCCUUUGAUUCUCCCAACCCCACGUUAUAAAACAUUCUAAGAUCUCUCUAUGUUA